GACAAUCCAACUAAGAUUACAAAAUCACCUAAAAAUGUUGCAGGUCAAACUCUUGAACAUAAAGUAGGGGUGGUUCUGGAUCCAGUUGAUGUUCAAGCUGAGUCUCCAACACCACCCAAUAUGUCAUUACAGCCACUGGAUCAGCAACUCACCGUAUCUUCUCAACCUCCUGGUUGGUCUCACCACCCUCCAAAUUUAAAGGAGCCUAAAACUCAUCCAACACCACCAAUUUUCCUUCAUUAUGCAGAACCUCCCAUUGGACCAGUAGUUGAACCUCCAGAUCUGUUUUUUCUCAGAACUACAAAAUCUAAGCCUUUUCAGGAAACCCCAACUCAUAUGACCAAAUCAUCUGUAGAGAAUGUUGGUCAAACUCUAGAAUAUAAGGAGUCAGUGCUUCCAAUUCCAGCUGAGGAUGAAGCUCAGUCUCCACUACCACCCAUUAGAUCAUUUCAGCCUUUGGAUCAGGAACUCAGCGUAUCUUCCCAACCCCCAGAUUGGACUCACCACCCUCCAAAUCCGAAGGAGCCUCCAAAUCAUUCACCACCAAAUAUUUUGCUUCAUUAUUCACAACCUCCUAUGGGAAUGGUAGUUGAACCUCCAGAUAUGUUUUUUCUCAAAACUACAAAAUCUAUACCUGUGCAGGAGAGUGAAACUCAGAUUACAGAGUCACCUAAAAAGGUUGUUGCUGAAACUCUAGAUUAUAAAGAUGGCUUGCUUCCAGUUCCAUUUGAGAGUCAAGAUGAUUCUCCAACUCCACCCAAUGUUUCAUUACAGCCUUUGGAUCAGGAAAUCACCAUAUCUGCUCUUUCUCCUGGUUGGACUCAGCAACCUCCAAAUCUGAAAGAACAUGAGCCAGAAGAGAUUUUCUCUCAUAAUUCAAAACCUUCAAUUGGAAUGGUAGUUGAACCUCUGGAUCUGCUUUUUCUCAAAACUACGGAAUCUAAAUCUGUGCUGGAGAACCCAGCUCAGAUUACUGAAUCACCUAAAGAUGAUGUAGUUCAGACUCUAGAAUAUAAAGAGGUAAUGGUUUCAUCCUUAAUUGAGGGUCAUGCUAAAUAUCUAACACCCAGUGUUUCAUAUCAACCUUUAGACCUGGGACUUUUUGAAUCCUCUGGCCCCACUACUGAGGUUCAUCAUUCUACUACUGUCAAUGAGACUACUGUUCCUUCUUCAAUGCAUCUUCAUGUCACAAGUCCACAUUUGCAAUCAGAAUUUUCUGUAACUCCACAACCUAAUACAAUACAUUCUAUCCAAAUGAAGGAGACUCCAGCUCAGACUUCAGAGAUAUCUAUGGAGACUCUAGCCCAAUCUGUAGAGCAUUAUUCAACAGCCAUCUUAACUUCAUUUUAUGUUGAAAUUCAACAUUCAAAUUUAUCAGCUAUAGAGACUGCACAUUCUGAAGUCCCAACAACCACAGCUCCAUAUCCAGAGGCUAUACAUUCUGAAGUCCCAACAACUAUAGCUGCUUAUCCAGAGGCUUCACUUUGUGAAGUCCCAACAACUACAGCUGUUUCUCCAGAGAUUGCACGUUCUAAAGCCCCAGAGACUACAGCUCCUAUUCUGAAGUGCUCUAGCAUAACAGGUCUACCUCCAGAUCAGGUUGAGAAACAUCCAAGCCCAACUGAAGUCACAGUUCAAGUUUUGAAAGUGGAAUCUACCACAACUCCAUAUUCUGAAAAUUCUAAUACAGAAAAAGAUUUAACAAUAGAAAAAAAUGCCUACAAUUACACCAACAUAUGUGACUUCUGCUUGUGUGAAAAUGAGACACUGUCAUGUGUUCAUCCCAGCCCAAAAUGGAGACUCCACCAAGUGCCUGUGCCACGGCCCAACACCUACAAUGACACUUUUGCUAUCUUAAAUUUCAAAGGAAAUGAUAUUUCUUACAUUGACAAAAAUGUAUGGAAGGUAUACCGCUGGACUGAGAAACUCAUCCUCAGUGAAAAUCACCUGACUGAAUUACAUAAGGAUUCAUUCGAAGGCCUGCUAUCCCUCCAGAUUUUGGAUUUAUCCUGCAAUAAAAUACGUUAUAUUGAAAGAAGGACAUUUGAACCAUUACCAUUUUUGAAGUAUAUGAACCUUGGGUGCAACUUACUCACUGAACUGAGCUUUGGAACGUUUCAAGCCUGGCAUGGAGUGCAGUUUUUACAGCAGUUAAUUCUCAGCCGUAAUCCUCUCGCAGUUGUUGAAGAUCCCUACAUUUUUAAAUUGCCAGCAUUAAAAUAUCUGGACCUGGGGACCACACAGGUGCAACUGACAACGGUUGAGAACAUCCUCAUGAGGACUCUGAAGCUGAAACAUCUGAUCUUACCUAGCCACAUGACCUGCUGCCUCUGCAAAUUUAAGGCGGAUAUUGAGGUUAUCUGCAAGACAAUCAAACUGCAUUGUCAUACGGGAUGUCUGACAAACACCACACAUUGUCUUGAGGAGGCAUCUAUAAGGAACCCAGAAGGAGCAUUCAUGAAAGUGUUGCAGGCCCGGAAGGGGAACACCAGCACUGAGCUGACUAUUGAACCAGAAAGGGGCAAUUCAGACAAAGAUUAUGCCAACUAUUCCAGUUCCAUGGAUGAAAAGAUAGACUUUAAUGAUGAAAAUGAUGUUAUGAGCGCACUAAAUUACAUACUGCCGUAUUUCUCAGAGGGAAAUAUGGAAGACGUAAUGUCCUCAAUGUUACCAUACAUUAAACUGCUGUUUUCUCAUGAACAAGAUGCAGGUAAUUCCCUGGGAUCUUUGCAGAAGGACACAGAAAGUGUUUCUGUUACAAAUGAAUCUAAGUCCAGUAAUGUCACUUACAAAAAUAAAUUGAAUAAACUUUAUUUUUUAGAAAAUUUGGUAGACACAGAAAUAGAUGAAGUUCAAAAGGAAGAGAAACCUGGGAGGCACAAGGCAAAAUCUAAAAAUGUAAGUCCCAAAAUUAAACGACGAGUAUUUGAAAAGAGAUGGGAACCUGCCCAGGCAGAGGAAGACAGUCUUGCAGAGAUCGAGAAGGCAGAGAGAUGGCUCCACAGUAUGAGCAGGGUCCCCAAGGGGACAGGAAACAUACAGAAAAGGCACUCCAAGGAAGUGAGGGGCAAGAGCCUGUGGAGCAAGCAGAGUGUGCAGACACCUGUGGAGAACAUCUUCAAGGACAGGCAGCUCGGGAGCCCACCAUCAACGGAGCUACAGUGGCUCCGUCUGGAGCAGAGGCCCAGGGAGUUAGUGGGGAAUUCCUUCCCCUCAGAGCCCUUGCUCCCAAUGGAGCACAGGGAGGAACUCUCUUCCUCCCCAGAACCGUCCCUGGUGGACAAGGCUCCCACUACAAAAUCGCUACCUGAGUUCAUAGACAGACGAAAAGACUUGUCUUACACCAUUUAUGUUUUAGAAAGUGCAAAGGCUAAUGUGAAGAGAACGAAGGGUUCUAACCCAAGUUUACAAUCUGAAGAGAGACAUCGAAACCUCAGGAAGAAAAAAUCUCAUUUCCAAUUGAUUGCAAAGAGGCCGGCAGCAUCCUCUGCAGUGAGGAGCCUGAUAAAUUCCCCUGCUCGAGGGAUCUUUUCAUCUUUAGGAGACCUGAGUUAUGCAGAAAGGCCCUUUUCAGAAUUGUAUGUUGCUUCAGAACCUUCUAUAGAAAAGCCUCUUGAAGAAACUCAGGCUGCAACAGAUAAUGUUGAAGAAAAUAUUCUUGAACCAAUCCUCACUAUGCCUGAAGAAAUUACAUCAGAAAAUAAACCCACUAAGAAUCCUGCUGCAGAUUCUGAUAUACCUAUACCCAGUGUACCAGGCUUAAUUCCAACUGUUCAGCAAACCAAUGAGCCACAGGUACACUUAAUUUUUGGGUCUGACUCACCUAACUUCAAUGAACUGGUUUACCCAUCACUGAUGACGCCAGGAGAACAGUUUGAAUCUCAUCUAAACCAGCAUCUGGGGGUGCUCAUCCCCAACAACGAUGUGAGAAGGCUCAUUGCUCAUGUUAUCAGGACGUUGAAGAUGGACUGCUCUGAUAGUCAAGUGCAACUGUCUUGUGCCAAGCUCAUCUCCAGAACAGGCCUCCUGAUGAAGCUUCUCAGUGAGCAGCAAGAUUUCAAGCUGUCCAGGACCGACUGGGAUACAGACCAGUGGAAAACUGAGAACUACAUCAACGAGAGCACAGAAGCCCAAGGCGAACAGAAGGGUCUGGAACUAAGCCAGCUUUCAGAUGAAGUUUCAGGAUUUGGCUACAACAACAAAGUCAUCUUGGCGAUGUCUGUGACCAUCGUAGUGAUAGUUUUGAUUAUUGCUUUCUGUCUCAUCGAGGUUUAUUCUUACAGAACAAAAAAGGGAGAUGAAGAAAACCCCACGCGGGGUAAGAAACACUACAAGGAAAGCAAGAGUCAGAGAAAAUUUGUCUGGCUAAGGUGUCCACUGUGGCUUAGAAAUAUAUUCAAAAGAAAGAAACAGGCCAGGACAUCUCCCAAGAAGUCUCAGGAUGAAUCAUGGGAGGUCAAGAAAAAAGCCUCAGUAGCAAAGAAGGCCCCUGAAGAGGAUGAGAGUGAAACAGUUGAAGUCUCAGAAUGA